GUGCGGCGGUCCCACUGCCUCCAGGACGCCUACGCGCUGCUGCGCAAGCUGCCCAGGGAGCGGUGGCGCCAGCCCUUCUUCGUCAAAUUCGCCGGCGAGGAGGGCUUGGACGCCGGCGGCCUGUCGCGCGACUUCUUCCGCAUCGCGUCCAUAUCGCUCUGCGACGUCGCCGUGGGCCUCUUCAAGUACGCGAAGAACGACUCGCUGACCUACGCGUUAAACGACGACGAGUUCAUCGCCGCGUCCGUCGAGGACGGCGGCGCCUGGCUCGAGUUCGCGGGGCGACUCUACGGCAAGGCGCUCCUCGAGGGCCACCACCUCGGCGCCUACCUCAACCCCGUGCUCAUGAAGUUCGUCGCCGCGGAGCCCGUGGAGCUCGAGGACCUGCAGCUCCUCGACUUCGAGCUCUGGCGGUCGCUGGAUCAGCUCGCCGUCAUGGCCCCGGACGUCGUCGAGUCGCUCGCGCUGACCUUCGCCGUCGAGUCCCACUCCUUCGGCGCCGUGGAGACGACGGAGCUCGUGCCCGGCGGCGCGAACAUCGAGGUGACCGCGGCGAACGUCGACGACUUCGUGUCCAUGCGCUGGCGCGAGCGCAUCUUCGGCUGCUGCGCCGGGAGUCUGGGGAGCCUGCUCGCGGGCCUCUACGACGUCGUCCCGCCGGAGGCGUUGAUGCUGCUGAGCGCGCGCGAGCUCGAGCUCGUCGCCAUGGGCGUGCCCGAGAUCGACGUCGACGACUGGGCGCGGUCGACGGUCUACAAGGGCGCGUUCGCGGCGCGCGGGCCCGAGCACCCGACCGUGAGGCUCUUCUGGGACGAGGUGCGCCACAACAUGGACCACGAGCGGCGCGCGCUCCUCGUGCUCUGGUGCACGGGCUCGUCGCAGGUGCCCGCGCAGGGCUUCCGCUACCUCCAGGGCCGCGACGGCGCGCUCCGCGCGUUCACGCUCACGAGCGUCGACCUGUCCUCGGCCAUCUUCCCCCGGGCCCACACGUGCUUCAACCGCAUCGACCUGCCCCUCUUCACGACGGCCAAGGAGCUA